UUUUUAUUGAACUCUUUGACUGGACUUCGCCGUUCCAGCUUUACAAAAGCGGUGGCACACACAAAAAAAACCCCACGGCAAGCAUGGAACACGCUCCAACUUAUUAGAAAUACGAAGCCUUCGGGAGAUCUUUCGAAGAUACCGAGUCGUCUCCCCUUUUAGGACCCGCGAUGGCUCCCGCGAGAAGAAAGGCGCUGAAUCCGAAGGAACUGUGCUGAAUGCGGCUCAUUCAUGGAGUGAAGUGAGUCGUUCGGGGAUCAUGAGUACAGGAAUGAAGAAACCACCAGUUGCCCCCAAACCCAAGCUGGUUCAGUCACAGAAACCAUCACCUCCCCCCAUCGCCCCAAAACCAGAGAUCCUGCUGCCUUCGCCCUCACCCACUGCGCACAAAAGAGGAAAACCUGCUGUCGCCCCCAAACCAUGUUUACCCAAAGCCCCUCAGAAACCCGUCCAGCCAAGACAAAAUCCCUGCAAAACCCAACUUCCCCCUGUAUCCAAAAACGGGGGUCCCGCUCUACUAUCCUCACACCUGUCCCAUUACAUUAUACCACCCAGGACUCAAGGUUAUCAACUAGGUAACAGCAAAUCGGAGGAUUCCAAGGAAGUAUGCGGAACAGCCGAGGUGGACAUCCCAAAAGAACAGUUGUUUUACAAUGACACAUUGGAGCGUGCUUCCCUGCCUGAACGGGACCAAAUGCAUGCUCCCAUGGACUCAUCCCACGCUUUCACAGAGACACAGGAAGAAGCAAACUCUGACACAUUAGAAAAAGACCAGGCAGGUACACAAAAUCAAACUUCUGGGCAGAUCCCAAGUCACAGUCCUACGGAACCCCUGCAGGAAUGGCCUGCAGAGCAGAAACACAGCGGGAACUCAAUUUUUAGCUCUUGCACCAGUGACAGUGAUGGUGUUCCUGCACCGCCAAGCAAGCCUCUCCCCGUACCCCAUCCACGACGCCCCCGGAGGGCAUUAUAUAGACAGAACGUCGUGGAAAGUGCACCUUCGGACACCCAAGCAGAUACACCUACGGAGAAUCCUGAACACCUUCAGACAGACGCAUUACUAGAAAAAUCCGAAAACACUUCAGAAAGCUGUUGCACCUACACGGACGCUGCGUCUAAUCUAAGUUCCCCUGAAGAGAACUCGGAAAACACGGACACCGACUCGACCAACGCUGACUCUUUGCACAAAGUAGACUCUUUUCACAGUGUACAUACCGAAGACGUGCCUUUUGAUCUAGACUCCGCCCACUAUUCAGUUCCGACAAAUGGUGUAACUUUAGCUUCCUUGAACACAGCUGCGGAGGAGGGGUCGCAACCUCCGGCUCCGCCACCUAGACAGAAAUCCCUCCCCCAAAUGGUCGAUUCCUCAUACGAGGCCUCAACAUCAGUGGACAACUUGCUCUUGCAUUGCCACUCAGAUCUUCAAGAGGUUACGUGUACAGAUGAGGAGGCGCAAAGCGAUGAUGAAGAUGACGGAGCAUAUGGAGAUUUUGCUCGAUACCCGAUAACUCGGAGUCUUCCUAAACAGAUUAAGCUCAGCUGUGGAUCACAAGUGGCAGCUUUAACCAAGCCGCCUCUGGACGGGGAGGAGAAGUCACCAAAAGUCAUGCCUAAAAAGCCCCAACGAAACAGUCUUCCAGCAUCCGUCGCGUUGCGGAAGCAGAACACACCUCCGCUAACGCAUACUCCCCCUCCGCUUCCUAACUCUAGUCCUCCCAUGUUCCGCGAGCUUCCGGCACCUCCUCAAGAGAAACCUUCUUGGCGAGUCGCUCUUCCUAGCAUCCCUCUCUUUGGUAGAAACCAGCCGACUCGCAGUAACAGCCAGCCACAGGCUGGAGGUGUGGGACCUGUUUUUGUCAAACAGAGGGCGAAGUCGUUUUCCUCUGCGGACCUUCAGCGAGUGGACACCGGGUCCGAAUCUUCCGAGCCGUUGGCGCGCUCCGAUCAAACGCGCCGCAGCUUGCGGAAACUUCUAGAGCUGCGUGUAUGUGCGCGGCUGCUUCCGAGGUUGCUUCGCAGUGGGCAGUCCCUGGAUUGCACUCGUACUGAUGCAGAAUACGAGGAGCGUAAAGCCGCACCCUCCAAUCAGGUCGCACCUGCGGAUGAUGAAGAAGCUCAAGGUAACAGUGAGGCUGACUGCGGGGUGGAAUACGAGAACGUCCCAUUAUACGAGGAGAUUCCAGAGUACAUGAACUUGCCCUGGGUUUAUUCCAACCAGGAUGUGGACACGGGCGUGUAUGAAGUUCAGGAACCAUGUGAGGUGAACAGAUGUUCUGUGAGUGGUGAUCUGUCGGAGGAUGGAUUGAGCUCGAACGAGGAAGAUGGGAACAGUUCUGACUCCAGCAAAGAAGACAUGAGCCAUUCAAAAGACAAAGAGGAGGUCGAGAGGGCGAAGAGAAACAAGGUGGUCCACAUCGCCAUGGAGAUCAUGAGCUCAGAGAAAGUGUUCGUGGACGUUCUGAAGUUACUUCACAUCGAUUUCCGGGAUGCGGUCGCCAAAGCUACCCGUGCGAGCGGGAAACCGCUGGUGGAGGAGAAAGUGUUGAAUCAGAUCUUGUACUAUCUGCCCCAACUCUACGAACUCAAUAAAGACCUGCUGAAAGAGCUGGAGGAGAGAGUGGCCCACUGGUCUGAUCAUCAGAGAUUGGCUGAUAUCUUCGUUCAGAAAGGUCCGUAUCUGAAGAUGUACUCUACCUACAUACGAGAGUUUGACCGUAAUGUGGCUCUGCUGGAUGAACAGUGUCGCAAAAAUCCUCCUUUUGCUAACGUUGUGCGUCAGUUUGAGAUGAGUCCUCGCUGCGCUAGUCUUGCUUUAAAGCAUUACCUGCUGAAACCGGUGCAGCGGAUACCUCAAUACCAGCUCCUGCUCACAGAUUAUUUGAAGAACCUUCCUGAGGAUUCAUCCGACUAUAAAGACACUCAAACUGCUCUCAGCGUGGUGAAAGAAGUGGCGAACCACGCAAACGACAUUAUGAAACAAGGGGAUAACUUUCAGAAGCUGAUGCAGGUUCAGUACAGUCUGAACGGUCACCAUGAAAUUGUCCAGCCUGGCAGGGUUUUCUUAAAAGAGGGCACUCUGAUGAAACUUUCCAGGAAGGUUAUGCAGCCCAGAAUGUUCUUCCUGUUUAAUGAUAUUCUGCUGUACACAACCCCCGUUCAGUCCGGCCAGUAUAAAGUCAACAGCAUGCUAUCUCUGGCUGGCAUGAAGGUGAGCAAACCAAGUCAGGAGGCCUAUCAGAAUGAGUUAAACAUUGAGAGUGUGGAACGCUCUUUCAUACUGUCUGCCAAUUCAGCCACAGAAAGAGACGAAUGGCUGGAAGCCAUCGCUAAAGCAAUAGACGACUACACCAGAAAGAAGAUUUCUUUCUUUUCCAGUCGAAGCCAAGAGUUGGAGGGAAUCUCGGAUGACGGCCUGCCGCUGGGCUCUAAAGCUCCGAUCUGGAUCCCGGAUUUGAGAACGACCAUGUGUAUGAUCUGCACGUGUGAGUUCACGCUCACCUGGAGGCGCCACCACUGCCGUGCCUGCGGAAAGGUGGUGUGUCAGGCAUGCUCGUCCAAUAAAUACUACCUGGAAUACCUGAAGAAUCAGCUGGCAAGAGUGUGCGACCACUGCUACAUCAAACUGCAGGACAAGGGUGACCAAUCCAAUGUGACCGUUUCCCCCGGUGGGCGGAGUUCGACCUUUGCUUUUUCCAGAAAGCAGAAGAAGAUACCUUCCGCGCUCAAAGAGGUGUCCGCCAACACGGAGAAUUCUUCCAUGAGCGGAUAUCUGCAAAGAUCCAAAGGCCACAAGAAACCGUGGAAGAGGCUGUGGUUCGUCAUCAAGAACAAAGUCCUCUACACGUACGCCGCUAGUGAAGAUGUUGCGGCGUUGGAGAGCCAACCCCUGCUGGGCUUCUUCCUCCGAGAAGAGAAGACGGGACCGGCUCAAAAAAUGCAGUUUAAACUGUAUCAUAAAAACACGCUCUACUACAUCUUCAGAGCGGAGGACGUCCCCACCGCUCAGAGGUGGAUCGAAGCGUUUCAAGAGGCCAUGAUCCUUUGACUGGCCUGGAUCGGAUUCGGAUGGAAUGAAUAAAUGUCGCUUCUUCUUUGGGUCUCUGCGCUGCGUGCGUGGGCAGCCAGUUUAAUGAGGCAUAAAUCAAAACCCAGUUGGAAGCAAAGGACGCUGGUAAAUGUAGUUUACGCAUUAAUCUAUUUUAAGCAGCCUAAUGAAGGUAAAUCGAUUCAGCCUGCCUCCGUCGCGAGGCGUUAAUCCAUCGUGUCGUUCUCAAUGUCAUUUUUAGGAAACACUGCCUCUCUGUGCCAGUUCCUUUUCGGUGCUUAAUAUUACCACGAAUCCCGCCCACAAAGCGUUCGGGGUCAAAAAAAAAAACGUGACCGGUCACGAGCUCGAUUUCAGCGACUCCUGACCAUUAGGUUUGUCUAUGAAUCAUAUCUGAAGCUGAACGAAUCCUGCCCGCUUUUCUGAAACCGUUUACGACGGAACCCGAGGCGGUUUGAAUCCAGUCGCUUGUCGCCCGAAGAGGGUUUAAAAAGGUUCGGUCAGGGGGGUGUGAUUCACAGUCAAGUCUGAAUGCGCACGAGGAAGUGUGACAAAGGAAUGUCUGAUGCCAGGUGCGGUGCAUUGUGGGAGAUUUCGAAUUCAACUGUGAAAGCUGGGAAAAGAGGGCUUAGAACACGCGUGGGCCUUAAUCACAAAGCACAGAGCGACUUUUAUGUAAAAAUUGUACAUGAAACCAGCGUUUUUGGACAUUGAUGGUAAACGUUUUUAUUUUAUAUUCAAGGCGUUGAACGCGACGGUUUAUUUUUUUAUUGAGAAAGAUCGACAACCGUUUACCUAAAUUUGACAAAUCGUGUAUUUUUAUGUAAAAAAAAAACAAAUACAUAAAAAUAUGUCGAUUUUUACAAAUAGUUCGUGCGUGGAAUACGAGCAUUUAGGUAAUAUUUUUUUGGAUGGCAUUACAUGACAUUUAUUUUUGACAAACACUUCAUGCGUUAUAUGCGACAAUUUUGUAGAUGAAUGGUUUUAUGAACAAUUUAUACAUAUUUAUUCUGCUUGUAUUCCCUGAAAAAAGGCCCUUUUAUUUGGUUUUCAGACAGUUACCGUUACGAAAAUGUUUUAAUAAUCUUAAACCCUUUUUUUUUUUUUAUUAUCUUUUGUACAAAGUAGGUGUUUUGACUGUUGUUUUAAACCUUAUACUGGACAGAACUGGAAGUGUACAUAUUUUGUAAAUGGUAAUAUAAUGCAGGCGUAUUUAAAAUAGUUCGGGAUGUUUAAUGGCCUCAAUGAAUUAUGGGUAGUAAAGACACAGUGCCAGGCUGGCUAACUCAGCACUGUUCUAACUUACUAUAUUAGACCUUUAUAGCACACCGGCUGUGAAUAGAAAGAAAAACUAGCGCUCUUAUCAGGGAAAGAUGUAACACACAUUGAAUACUCUAAUGCACCUUGUUCAGGACCACCUCUCUUAACACUUAGACAAUGGGUAUGACCUGAUUAUGUUCUCUACAGUUUUCACUAAGGUCCUUGUCAGUUCCAGCCACAGAAAGCCACUGAUCUUUCACUGUUUGAAGUGUAACAAGAUUUUAUUUGUCUUGCGGCGAUGUUCGAUAUCGAUCACGUGUGUUGAAUGUUUGUUUACAUUUUGUAAGAUUGUUUUGCAUUUCGGGAAAAAAUUUGAUACACCACUGUUACGUCUUUUGGGUUUUUUUUUUUUUUGUGUGUGUGUGUGUGAUUCACUUUUAAGAAAAGUAUGAUUACUAUUCCUGAUGCUUCUUGUCAGAUCGGCACUAGUUCCCGAAGGAAAUCGUUUUCGCCCUGAAGUAAUGUGUUAAUAUCUUGAGGAUUUCAAGGGAGUAGGCUGCGCCCCGACAUAAAUGUAAAGUGCAAAUAAUUUUUAAUAAAUAACGUAAUAAGAAAA